CAUCUAGACUUGAAUUGGUGAAGAACUCGGCGCUGUUCUAGCUCGUUACAAUUCCUAAUGCUAAAAGAAAAUGCAGAGCAAAUUGAUUGAGAUACCAUUUGAGAAAUGGGCCCAAUUACGCGAUUUAUAUUUGCAUCAAAAAGAUCGCUCCUCCUGCUAUAACACCAUACAAAUAUUUAUCGAUUGGUAUGAACAAGAUUCCAAUGUUCCUUUGAAGAUUUAUGCUCCAAAUGACAAGUGGGUAACCGAUGGAACCUAUGUUGCCCAUCUCAUACUCGGCAAUCAUUUGUACUGCAAUACUUUGAAUAAGGACUUCUCUGGGCUGUUGGAAGCUAUGAAAUGUUUUGAUAAUUCGAAGACAGUGGCCGGCUUUCAAGAGCGCAUCCUGCCUGCAGUAGAAAAAUUCUUCAUUGACUCCGGCCUCAGCAGCCAACAAUUCUUAUCGGUGGGCACUACUUGGGUGCGCAUAUCGAGAGAAGAUGCCUUAAAAUUUGAUACAGAAUUGCCAGAGAACAUAACCGUUAGAGAAUUGGAUGAGACCCAUGCAGAACAGGUCAACGCUGUGUGGCCCCACAGAAGUGAAGGUUCAGUAAAUUUAGUUCGACAUCUUAUCAAAUAUAACAACAGUGUGGGACUGUUUGAGGGCGAUAAGUUGGUCGCCUGGUGUUUGAUAGUGGCUUUGGGGGCCUUGGGUUUGUUACAAGUCGAAGAGACCCAUAAGCGCCGCGGUCUUGGUAAAUUGGCCACCAAGAUUAUGGCCAAACAUUUAGCCCAGAAAGGUGUUGAAGUUACUGCUGCUAUAGUUUUUGAAAACUCACCUUCGCUUUGUAUGUUCAAACAACUUGGCUUCAAGGCAAUCGACAAUGUCUAUUGGAGUUUUAAAGUAUAAACAGAAACAAUGCCAAAUAUAGGGGUGGCAUAUAUGGCCAGCAACAUUUCCUUUCGUGAGAAAGUUUCUUUUUUUACUGUAAUUAAACUUUGGAAAGAGUAAUCAGUAAUCAUAUGCAAUGAAAUGUCAACGUUAA